AAGAAAAGACACCCAAACAAAGUAUACGCAUUUCUUUUUGUGUGUUUAUCUGUUUGGUUUCCGAGAAAAUCUUUGAGAAAAAGAGAGAAAUGGCAGCAGAGGAGGGACAAGUGAUCGGUUGCCACACCGUCGAGGCCUGGAACGAGCAGCUCCAGAAGGGCAAUGAAAACAAGAAACUGAUAGUUGUGGAUUUCACUGCUUCCUGGUGUGGACCAUGUCGCUUCAUUGCACCAUUCCUGGCAGAGCUGGCUAAGAAAUUGCCAAAUGUCACAUUUCUUAAAGUGGAUGUGGAUGAGCUGAAGUCGGUUGCUCAAGAUUGGGCCGUGGAGGCAAUGCCAACAUUCAUGUUCCUGAAAGAGGGAAAGAUUGUGGACAAGGUGGUGGGAGCAAAGAAAGAUGAACUGCAGCAGACUAUUGCAAAGCACUUGGCCACUGCCACUGCUUAAUCCUCAUGGUGAUGAUGUUCACUACUUCUAAAAGUGUUUCUUAGACCUUUCCGUAUGCUAUUUAAUCUUGAUCUAUGUUAUAUAUCGUGUAGACUGGAACUGAAAGUGUGUUGGUUUGGUGCGAAUAUUUUAAUUGCAUGACAUACUUGAAGCUCA